CUGUACAUGGUUAUAAAUAAUAAGAAGGAAUAUAGAAUACGAAAACACGAGAACUGAAUUGUUCUCACGGCGAAUAAUCGCGUGCUACCUACGUCACAAAUCAACGCUGAAACCUUCAACCGACAAAGCCAAUGAUUAGUAAUCAAUAUCGGAAUCAGUAAGUCGCCUGUUCUUUCGGAAAAUCCAAAGUCCUUGGCGUUAACCAGAAUACUAAUAUAGAGGCUUCUUGCUCAUUCACAUUCAUCAUGAAUGCUUCGGAACUCGUAUCAAAAUCGUCCAGCGAGCUGACAACACUCAGCAUUGGCUUUAUAAUCGAACGUUUCACACCGAUAUAUAACGAAUUUCGAGGGUACCUCGAAGGGAUACGGAUAAAGCAGUCAUACAAAAAUUUGAUCGAUGGAUUUUUACAUUUUCUGAGCGUCACCUAUGAUUUGAACAAGGAAACCAUGUUAGUUAAUGUCGGUAAUUACUCGACCUCAGAAUGGGGUCCUUUGUAUUGGUCAUUUCUCCACCUCUCAUCGAUUCUGUUGCAACAUGCUUUGGCAGAAAAAAUGGUGAACGACGUACGUGGCUUUCCCGCUAUCAUCUAUAAUAUCGACGAGAUUCUACCAUGCUCCAUGUGCCAACAGCACUAUUACAACAUCAAGGAUUCAAGCGAAAUACGCCAAAUUAUAAAAACUAUUGCUUUCGGCCACGUGGUACAAGGAACAUUUUAUUUCCACGGGAUGAUAACGGAAAAUAUGAACAAGUCGGAUAGGUUCGAGACGAAACCCGCUUUCUUGACAACCCAGUUUUGCGAGCUGUAUCAUUGUUUUCCCACCUCAAUGCAAGACACGCGUAGCCUCUCAACAAUCGCGCGCUCUCCGAUCGACUGGCAGUCCACCUUGCACGUCCACCUCAGUGUCAUUCUCGGCAUCGCUUCUCAAGUCUCGUUUCUGCGGGCGUCGAAUCGUUUGAAACGUCUCUAUGGCUUCGAACCAACAAUUGCAAACCCACGUGUGAUUAAUCCCCAAGAGUAUGCGUUCGAAAAAAGCUCAGACGAGAUGAUCUUGAGUAUUCUCAAUAAAUGUCUCGAAAAUGAUGAGUACCCGAGGGAUGAUGAACUCUCGGACACUAAUCGGGUCCUGAUUACCCGUGCACGGAAAGUCUUACGAGAGCAGACGAGCGCGAACAUAAUAUGAAACCACCACAGAGGCAAACAUAAUCUCACGAAAAAUCGUUCUUUACGAGCUUGUUGAGUUUAAACAACUCUUACUUUUUCCCCCCGUUAUCUCCGUACUCUGCGGACUAAGUUUCAUAUCGUAGUACCAUUCAACAAUUUCUUCAUGCCAGCCAUCGAAAUCCAAGUCGUGCCCCCUCGGUUCUCGUGUCAUUGAAGUUCUCUUAUAGAAAUAAUAUCAACAAACCCGAACUCGAAAUUACUGAGAUUAAAAUGUGAAAGAGCAACGGUAUUGAACUCGUGUUCAAAUUGUUGCUGAAACUGCCAUUAAUUAUUUUACUUAAGACUUCCAAUCUCAAGACAUAUCAUUUCCGCUCGUGCAAACAGAAAUUCGUGUUUUUUUAACAUGCUGGACGACUAAAUCCCCAUAAUUGAUGUCUACCGAGUUCGACAGCGCAUAGCAGAGCAGCCACGGUUCUUGUUUUUUUUUA